GAGAAUCCCGAGUCUCUGUGUGCAUCUGGCUAGUAUCUCAUAAAACCUCUUCUUUGCUAAAAUUCACUCAUUGUCAGACUUCGUGAAUCUUGAAUGACCCCUGGUCCAGGACAACUUGAGACUCCACGGAGAUCCAGGCGUUCAGCCUGAUUCACGUUUUCCUGACCAGCCUUGACCAGGGCUCCUGGUGUACCCAGAGCCAAGACUUUGCUUAAGCUUAAGGAGCCACCAGUCCUCAACGCCUAGAUCCCACUGAGGAGCCCUGAGACCCUGGGACACUCUGAUCUACUGAGAAAUUUGGAUAAGCCUAAAGUUUAGAGGCCGCCACUGACAGGUUCUCCACGCCUGGAUUGUGGGAAGGUGGCAUCGGAAGCCCUCUCAGAGGCUCAGCAGCUGACUCAGGACGCUGUAACCUCUUCAUUUAAGGCUGCUCUUAGAGGUCCACUGCUUUGACACACACUUUCCAGGAUCAAGAGACACCACGCUGAGACACCAGGACCCUGUUAGAAGAGACCACGUCAUCAUCCUGACCAUCCCUGUGCUGUCAAAGUAGACGGAGGUAGUCUGCACCUGGAUACAUCACUCUCAGGUCAAGUGUCCCACUGGGAACAAGACCCAGUUAAAGAAAAGUGGACUGUCACCAAGACCUGCAAAGAUCCACUAAAGAUAAGAGUACCAUGGGUUUUAACCUAAUGAUGUUGUUUUGUCUGGCUCUAUUUCCUUCAGCCCUUUCCUGGAAUCUUAAUUGGAAACCCCUAGCUCCACAGGGUCCUAAAUUGGCCAAACCAGUCCUUAAGGCAUGGAAGUUCCAGGUGGUUGCCUUAGAUAAUCACAACAAGACCAUAGCUUCUACCUUCUGUCCAGUGACAGGAUGUGCUAGUACUAUAAGCCUCACCUUUGAUAUAAGGGACACCUGCCAAGGGAAAUGUAUACAGGACUUCUACAAUGCUAUGAUGUCUCCUAUAUAUGUUUGUUUCGUAUAUGAGCAAACUCGCUCAGACUGUAAGGACCCAAAUUAUGGAGGAUGCCCACACUGGGGCUGCAAAUAUCAUAGUACUUGGCCCAGGUGGGGAGGAGAAAAUCCAUCCAGACUCAACUCAGUUGAUUGGCAUACGAAGGUCACCUACUCGAUCCCUGACCCUUGGGAUGACAGAUGGAGAACAGGGGUUGAGGGUCAUAUCUACAGACAUAAUGAGAAGGAUACAGGCUAUGACAGGAAGACUAGGAUACGCAUCUUUAGAAGUUUAGACAGAUUUAUUCCUCCAAAUUCCUCUAUGUGAUGCUAAAACCAAACCAGCUACUAUACCCACACCUGGUCCUGUUUCUGAUGUCACAGGCUGACACCACUUUGUACUACCACCACCUUUCUCUCUCUCUCUCUCUUCCCACUUACCCUACUUCUCCGACCUCCUUUGAAUUCCUAAUGACAUGUUACUAUCAGUAUACUUGCUCAUGAAUGUUACUAACCCAAAUAUUAUGCCUGAUUGUUGGCCCCGAACCCUACAAAACUCUCACAUUAUGUAGGACUCACUGUACAUCAGAAGCCCAUUCUGCCACUCCCUUGGCCAAUUGUCCAUGGGUGUGUCUUUCCACCCAAGCAUCAAAUUUCUUCACGUGGGCCAAAUCCAAGGUGAGGGGAAUCUGUUUCUACUCAAAGAGCUAUGGUAUAUCUAAAUCCUCCUUUAAGAACAAAUGAAGGUUCUUCAUAAAUAUUUCUCAGUUCCUGGUAACACUUUUUCAAGUGCUGCUUCCUUCCUCCCUUCCUUCUUUUGUCCCUUUCUCUUUUCCUUCCUUCCUUCCUUCCUUCCUUCCUUCCUUCCUUCCUUCCUUCCUUCCUUCCCCACUUGGCAGGGCAACUGCUGCUGAGGCCAGAGUAGUGGGUGCCAACGUAGGGUAGCCAUGGAGACAUCUUGAGAGCUCUGGGCCAGAGAGUCUGCCGAGUCUGGCUGGCUGAAUAAGACUGCUGACGCCAUGUGGUGCUGGCACUAGCGUGAGAUGGAGUUCCUUUAUUUAAUAUUUACCGCCACAGUUUGGCUCACCAGUACGGAGGAACUGCAUCCAUGCUUACCUAUCUGGCACAUGCAGAAGCCCCCAAAUUCUGUAUCUUGGUAUUCCUGUUCCCCUGAAAAUAUAUUUAUGAUGAUGGUCCAGCAGGGAGAGAGUACUUAUAUUCACAAACCCUGCCAGUCCCCUGGUCCAGGAAAAAAAGCAAAAUGUGAAAUUCACUGCCUCAUACCUUGCUUAAUCCUCUUACGCUUAAGUAGAGCAGAAACUACUAAUGGUGUCACGGAAACAACAGUGGCUGAUGCUAACUUCAAAACCAUAGAAUGUCAAACAACCCAAGAUCUGCCCAUAUUAGAAAAAUCUAUUGUCAAGCUAGAAGAACAGAUGGAUUUAUUAGCUGGAGGUAGUUUUAUGCAGAGCAAGGAGGGCUUUAGAGGAGAAUUGUUGCUUAUAUGCAAACCACUCAGGAAUCAUUAGAGAUAAUGUGGCUGUGCUCUGGAAAAACCUCAUAGAAAGAGGGAGACGAAUGGUUCCCCUUCUCAUUCUGAGGCUCCUCCUGAUUACUGUGCCUCCUGGCUCAGUACCUCCAGGUAACUCUGCUGUCAGCUACACUUAGCUCUCCUGCUCUUGCCGAUUGCCGUUGGAUCCUGCACCAGUAAUGCUUAACUGAAUACAUAAAUUCACACUUCGAGGCUACUAAACUAAUGGUUAUCUGGUCCCAAGAUGAAUAGGCACCCACCACCAAGUCAAGGUUUGACUCAGAACACAACUCAAGGGGAGAAUGUGAUGCUGAUUACCACUGUGUGCAAUUGUUCUAGCUUAUACAUUUUUGUAAAGUGUACCCUGUCAGUUAACUUGCCCCAAAUGGAGGAGUUCUUGGAAUAUGUAGGCUAUUUUCAAAACUGCCUGGUCUAGUAAAAAUGUUGAACUACCUAUGCUGUUCUGACAAGAUAAUGGUCACGAAGUUAACCACUGGUUCUGCUUCUGUAUGAAAAAUGCUUGCUUGCUCAAGAUAAUCAAGAUGUGUCUGCAAGGCAUUGUUAUGAACAGUAAGCUCUGCCUGCACAUAGGCAGGGUGUGUGCUAACUCCUCUCUCAAACUGUAUCCUUGUGGGUUUUGUCUUUAUAAACCCCAGACUAACAAUAGCUGGAGACACACUUUGAGAUUCCCGAGUCUCUGGUGUGGUCCUGGCCAAUAUCUAAUAAAGCCCCUUUGUUACAAUUCA